UCUAAAUCGACGUGGCGCUUUGGACAAAAGAUACAAAGUUUUACGCCGGAUUUUAACCCGAUAUUUUCCUUUUAAUCGUCCAAAAUGACAACGAUAAACAUACUCUACUGUUGCGUAUCAUUUCUCUUCCUAUUAAGAUCUUCGUAUUGUUAUUUUAUUACGAUCGAUGCACAUGGAGAGGAAUGCUUUCACGAUAGAGUUACCUCGGGUACAAAGAUGGGUCUUAUUUUUGAGGUAGCAGAAGGUGGUUUUCUAGACAUCGAUGUGAAGAUAAUAGGACCUGAUCAAAAAGUUAUCUACUCAGGAGAAAGAGAAACUAAUGGAAAAUAUACAUUUGCUGCACAUAUGGAUGGAGUAUACAAUUAUUGCUUCAGUAACAAAAUGUCUACCAUGACUCCUAAGAUAGUUAAGUUUUCAAUGGACAUUGGUGAAGCACCAAAAGACACCAGCAAAGAUGACAAUGCAAGUCAUGAUAAGUUGAGUGAAAUGGUAGGACAAUUGGGUGAAGCCAUGACAGGAGUUAAACAUGAACAGGAAUACAUGGAAGUAAGAGAAAGGAUUCACCGAUCAAUUAACGACAACACCAACAGCCGUGUAGUAUGGUGGUCGUUCUUUGAAUCCCUCGUUCUUGUAGCAAUGACCCUUGGACAAGUCUACUAUCUCAAAAGAUUUUUCGAAGUACGAAGAGUGGUCUAAAUUGGAGAAAAUACUCUUUCAUAGCCAAUAAGAAAUAUAGUCCAAGAUCUCAUCCUUAGAGACCCAGUCACCCUAGAUCUCUGAGAAUGAAAUGUCUGAUUUGGUGAUAUCAUCAUCGUCGUCGUCAUCAUCAUCAUAAAAACUUGUUGGCAUUAGUCAUCAUCAAGACUGGCGUCAACUGAAAGCUUUUCAAAGUCUUGCAGUAUUCCCUACAUGAAAUCAAUGACUAACCUUCGCCUAUUUAGCUUUUUCUCAAAUGGUUUUAAAUUUAUUUAGUAUUGUCUUUGAAAUGUAACAAGCUUGAUGUUGUGUUACAUUCCAUACCUCCAGAAAUAUUUCUUAUUACAUAUACUUUCUAAGGCCCUGUCCACACUAUGCCGGAUAAAUUUGAAUCCGAAUUUUUACUUAUUCGGUUAGGCCUACUGUCCACACUAGUCAGGGCGAAUCAGGAACACAUGCUGACAUGAAGCGUGAUGUGCAAUACAGUGUUCUUGCUGCCUCUGAUUGGACUAGUGUGGAUGCAAAACAUUUGAUCUGUUUUCAAGUGUGGAUGGAAAACUUUUUUUUUAGUUUCGGUGUGAAAGUUGUGGAAACAAAAUUUAUCCGGCAUAGUGUGGACGGGGCCUAAGAUUUCUCUUGUUUUCUAUAUUCCAAAAUCUGUGACUCUGGUAAUAUUUAUACACUGUAUAAUGAACAUGUGGUAAUAUUCAUUGUCUAUGAUUGGUCUGUAUGGUAUCAAUAGUCUCAAAUUCAAAACAUCUUUUUCUUUAUUUUAAAUUUUUCUUUACAGUGCAACUACUCAACCUAAGGCCACCCAAACAAAUUUAUUUAGUGCCAUGGUCCAAGUAGUCGUACUGUAAUACUUUUAAGUAUAAAAAGCUAUGCAACCAGGGCUUGAAAUAACGACCAGACAUCCCGCCAGAACUGGGACUUGUCCGGUCAAAUCUUCACCUUGCUGGUCAUUUUGACCUGUAACGUUUAGCCAGAAAUGAGGUAGAACUAAGCUAAUUUCACCUGUGAUCAUGACUGGCGACUGAUAGACCAUUAUUUUAAUAUCUGUGCAACCAACUUAAGAACUGAAUAUUGAUUUCAAACUUGGGUAUAACAUUAAACAAACAUCUAGGGUGUAGAAAACUGUUAUGGACUGCAUUAGUAUAAAGACUGUAUAAAAAUAAUAAAUGUAUGUUGAAAAUAAGAGGAAAACAAUAUUCAACUUUACAAGAGUCUUGAAACACCAGUAAGGCUGAGUAUCGUUAUCCUUUUGAGUAAAAAUUGACUUUAUCGUGACAUAAAAGAAGAUUAUGUCCAAGCAACUCUAGAACGUUUAUCUUGCUAUUGACUUCUAGGAAAGAUUUGGUGAAAACCGUGUGAAAUAUCUUAUCGAUACUUCAUUUUCUGGUAUUACGGAUUGGGCAAUUGUUGUAUCUGCUUUAGUUUUAAAGUAUUGACGUUAGUACAUGCUUUAUUUAAUUUGGAUCUGACAUUUCUAUGUUUCAGAUACGUAAAUUCUUUAACAAAUUUUAUUAAAUAUGACUGACAAACUGA